UGGUGCCUGCGAACCAUGGCACGUUAUGAUCGGGACGAUGCCAAGCAAGCUAACCCUGUACGUACUAGCUCCCGACAUCGUCCAUAAUGUUCCCUCAAUGACUAUAUGAACUUGCCUGGAAGCACUCAGCUCCUUCUCUUGAGUCCUCGUCAUGUUUGCUUUACUCCAAACUUUCGACAGCUCAUACGCCGUCCUGGUUACCCGUCCCCUCUUCACCGUUUUCCUCGUUGUGGUACAGACCACACUCAUCCCAUCGAUGAUUUUGCCUGAAUGCUUCACCACCUAGACUGCCGCUUGCAUGCCUGGUCGAGGGGCCAGAAACAUAUUACGAAGGUCACGCACAAUACAAAGAGAUCAUACACGAGAAUCAUGCGACACCUUGCUACGUCCGGUACCCGGUGUCUUUACAGCUUCUAAUCCAAUUGACAGCGUAUCUGCAUUUGUGCCCAACGCUCCUACGUGGCUCCGCUUGAUGCGGGUACACGUCCUUCAUUUCUGGGGCCAAUCACUGCGCCACAGCCACUAGUGUCAUAUACGUGUCGAAGACCAGCGCAUUGCCUUCGAGGUGGCCGCCAUCGCAGCUUUCCUUUUGCUUUGUUGACAGACGUUUCCACCAAUAAAUUAAAUCAUGAAGCUCCAGUGCAUGCCUCGUUUUCGUGACGCGACACCGAUGCCAUAUUUCAGUCAUGUUGCUCCGUCUUUCCGUAUGGAGUGACCUUUCUAUUUCGAGACACCGUGCAUGAUUCUUUGACAACGCUUCGCUGUUCAAAUUCUGGACCCAGCUGCAAUGAUGUAGGAGGGCAAUCCUUCGUUUACAUGCACCCUUCGUGAAACCCGGUCUCUUGAGAGGAACCCAAUCUGAAUCUAAUCUACUUUCAGACCAUCGGGCCCAUGGGGCUAUGUUCGUCAGUAACUAAGACUCAUCAUCUUGCCCCUGGGUGUUGUUCGCGUGCGCAAUGUCAGUUUCUUGAGGAUAGCACUUAGCUAAGGAGUUUAAAUCAACCUCAAUCUUAUUUCGGUCUUCGUCUGGUUACAGGAGAAUGAGCUUCAUACAUCGGCAGCAUCCCACGACAGACGAAUCGCCUCCUUGGGAUGGGAUUGCGUUCAGACUUCCCAUUGAUUCGGACUUGCUGGCUGAAAGUCUGAAAUCAAAAUACCCCCAUCACAGAACUUUAAGACAGAGAAAAUAUCAAGCCACAAUCGACUUUUUCCUGGGGGAGCUGAGUCAAAUGCAGUCGAGAGACUCGAUCUCAGUCCCUAUGCUGAGAUCGGGUGGUUUGCUUCUGAACGACCAACCUAUACCGACGUCGGCAACGUUUAUUCCGGCUGUUUCAGAUCAAAGUCGACCACAAAGCGCAUCUGAAUGCACUUCUCCUUCAAUCAAGGGGUCAAGCACCUCACCACAGUCUCUUGAAUUUCUCAAUCCCGGCUCUUCUCUGGCUUCGAAUACAAAUCUACAACCACCUACAACCACGUCAUCGAGCUCUCACUUCGUGUGGAAUGCGCACGAUGGAAGAGCAGCGCGGCCGAAAACAAAAAGGAAGAUGACGGUCGAAGAACGCAGUGCAUAUAAGGAGACUAGAAAACGUGGAGCUUGCAGCAGAUGUCGCAAGCAGAAAGGAAAGUGUACACACAUGAUCGACGGGGACCCUCAACCCACAGAAAAUGAGACAUUCAAAUCCGCUAAAAGAAUUUCUGGAGAGAUUGAACAAGAUACUUCUGAUGGUUUGAAGACCGUCAAAACAGAACACGCUUCUGAUGUUCAUCACCUCACGAUGACGCAGCCUUUGGAACAUGAAUCAUCAACUGUUAUGCAAACGAGCGCUAAUGUCGACGAGUCUGUAGCCCAGCUUGCGAUACAACCAUCACCCAAACAAUGGGAGAGGGAACCUCAAAUAGAGGCCUCGGCUGAAGUAUCUUCUCCGUCGGUUCCCACCGACCGCGAAAGCAAUCGCAGCCGCAGCCACGAGUCCUCGACCAGUCCCACUCCCACCAAUUCACGGGCUUUUAGUCCACCUAUAACGACGACUACGACUGAAUGAUUUGCAAUAUACGUUAAUUUACGUUUUCUUUUCGUGGGGAGGCGGUAUUUGUUGUUUAUGAUGAUAAUGCGAGUGUGUGUGAUUUCUUGGAUAGGAGAUUGACAACGUUCACGGCCGACUAUGAAGUUUUUUUUUUUGUUUUGUAUUCGGAGGGAGUGAUUAAAACGGUACACUUCAUAAAUUAGUGACGCAGAUUGGAAUGCAGCAAGUUUAUUGU